AUGGCAAAAAUAUUUCAUCAUCCAUGUCGAGAAUAUGAAGUCAUGUUCGGUGUUCCUAAUCCUAAGUACAAAAUAAAUAAAAAUUCAUUUAAAUCCGUUUCAUGGUGCAUUCUUUCGAAUGACGGCAUUGAAAUGACCUCGCACGAGUGUCUCAACUUCAAUGAGCGAAUAAACGAGAUCACAGACAACGAACCUUUGAUGACAAAAUUUCAAGUUUUGAGAUUUGAUCUUACAAUGUUCAUGUUAUUGCUUGUGGUUAGUGCGUUCUUAAAAGCUCAUCGACUUAAUAGGAAACAACCAAAACGUUAA